AUGGGGAAUAAGCAGACGAUCUUCACGGCGCAGCAGCUUGAUGCGUAUCAGGACUGCACAUUCUUCACAAGGAAGGAAAUUCUAAGACUAUUCGACCGUUAUCGAGACUUGGCACCACAGCUCGUUCCUCUCGACUACACAGACCAGCCAGAUGUGAGGCUACCAUACGAGCUCAUUGGCAGCAUGCCAGAACUGAAGGACAACCCGUUCCGCCAGAGGAUCGCUGAGGUUUUCUCGGAGGACGGAGAGGGAAACAUGACCCUGGAUGACUUCCUGGAUAUGUUCUCCGUGCUGAGUGAGAUGGCUCCACGAGAUCUGAAAGCCUACUAUGCAUUUAAAAUCUACGACUUCAACAAUGAUGACUUCCUGUGUAAGUCUGACCUGGAGAAGACGCUGAACAAGCUGACGCGGAAUGAGCUAACGGAGGACGAGGUCAGGAUGGUAUGUGAGAAGGUGAUCGACGAGGCCGACCUGGACAACGAUGGACGUCUCUCGCUGGAGGACUUCCAGCACAUGAUCGUCCGUGCUCCAGACUUCCUCAGCACCUUCCAUAUAAGGAUAUGA